AUGCCUAGACAGAAAGGAAUCUCGACCAAUCAUGGCCUCCACCUUUCCACCUUCACGCCUGAGCUUCGCCGUCUGGAAAAACUCGAUGGCCAGCACUCUCCGGAGGUCAACGAGCUGAAGAACAAUUUCUACGCCAACACCACGCGUUCCUUGGCCUGUGCCUUUGAUUGGCCGAAUACAUUGGCGAAUACGACGCCGCUGGAGGGCUCCAACUGGACUUACAAGAACAUACCGCAACUGCCUGAGCUGAACGAGGAAGAUACGGCGUUGAGGGCGAAGGACCUUCAGAAGUUGGCUGAGAAGGUUCGGCGGUAUUACGGAGACGAGCGGCGAGCGGAGAAAGGGGGCGGGGGCAGGGGGGUGGCGUUUGCGCUGCAGAAGGAGCACGUCCAACGUAUUCUCAACGCGUUCGCCCCUCCACCGACCAUGGAUCGUUUACUCGACCGUUACCAAAGCCUUCAUGGAGACCGCUACAAACCGCGCUUUCAGGAGCACUACGAGGCGCUGAUGCAGGCCGCGCCCAACGAGGCAAAGAAGGCGGAGUUGGCGAAACGGCGGGCGGGUGAACAACGGCAAUGGGCCGCGAAGGCAUGGGCCGCGGAGAGCCCGAGCUUCGUGAAGGAGGUCGAGCGUCAGGCGCGACAGGACCACGCCGAAGCUCUGGAAAAGUACAAGGCUCUGUUUGGUAACCCGGACAAGUCCAUGAAGGACUCGCGCGCAUGGAUUGAACCAGAGAUGGGCGCAUUUCUGCAAGUAUUAUUGGACUGGCUGUCUAUGCGCUACGGCGUGGCGAUGACUUUACUCGUCGCCGGAUUGAAAGACGUCGUAGGGUCGGAGUGUAAUACUGUAUGCGCAACAGGCGCGCGUCGUGCCGGGUCAACGCCACUGGCGGAGUACAUCGCACCGCACAUUCGCGAAGCCAAGGUGCAGAUGAGAGCGUACGCGAAGGACGUGUUGACCGGAGAGGUGGCGACUGGCUUCGCGGACACUGACGGCGAAGCGAGUGCAAGCGGAGAUGCGGGUACGAGCGCAAACGCUGAGGAGCUUCUGCGCGGCGACUUGUACAAAAUGGACGAACAAGACGAACCGGAAGAUUUCAGCGACGAGCUACGUCAGAUGCAAGAUGGGAACACCGACGACGGCGACGGUACUCGGCUGUCGGGCGUACCGCCCGCGGCCGCCCUUCGAGCGGAUCACCGCGCUACUUCACGCGUUGCGUCUCCUCUACCGCCUUCGGGUGCGCGCGCACAUCAACGCGCUGACGGUACGAACGCCUCCUUCGUCGCGGCGAGGCUCGGGCAACAACCCGGUUCGCCCAGCCUUACUUCUCGCAGUACGGGUUUGAGGGCGCCAUCUCCUUCUGGAAUGCUCCCCGCACGCCAAAGCGCGGCCGGGUCGAGACUACCCUCACCGCCUCGUGGACGUCAAUAUAGUCGUCCUCCUUAUCACGACCGCCAAUCCCGUCAGUACCCAUCGCAUACCAACAAACAGUCGCGCUCGUUCUCGCAGGCGAGCCAAUCGAGCGAUGCGAACUCGGAGUUCCGCCUCGGACCGCAGAACCAGACAAGAGCACUCUUGCCGACGCGUCCGGGCCCCAUGCGGGGUGGCAGUGGCUUGACAGAAGGGGUCCAACCGCGUCCGUCACGGCUAUCGGGUCUGUCGCAGACGAGGCGACCUACUGCUGGAACGACCCAAGGCAUGAAUGGCAUGUCUCCCGCUCCCGAUUCGCGUGCGCCGAGUCUGGCGCCGAGUCUGGAUUCCAACGCCUUGCCAUUCGACGACGACUAUUUCGACUGGCCACACCAAGCGCGGCUAGACAUGGACGACGAGGCUGGGAGUUUUGGAGGCGGCUCAUGGCGCGCGCCAUCAGAAGGUGCAUCGGAGCGAUCCUUCCGAAGCGGCAAGAGCAUGUCACUUCCGCCGGACGACGACGACGAGGAGGCCUUAACAGGCGACUCGAUCCACAAGGACCUAUACACCAAUCGAACGCGCCAAACCGUCAAGAAAGCUCGGGGUCGCUCGGGUGUAACGUCGGCUGCGGCUGCAUCGUCGCAUGAUACAGCCGCUGCACCGGUCGAUAAGGCGGCGAGGGGGAAGAGGAGAGUAGGAAAAGGGAAAUCGAGCAAGCGCGACGAAGACAGCGCAGAGGGGGCAGUCGCGCGCGCGAAUGCGAAGCCGAAGACGCGUACAGAGGUGCCGAAGACGCGUACAGAGGUGCCGAAGACGCGUACAGAGGUAUCCGCAACUGAGCCCCGUGGGCAGCGUCGUCCACGCCCAGCAUCUAAAUCCGUGUCGUCACUCGAGGACGCCUCGCACGCGCGCGCGGAACGAUCGCCUAGGCCUGUACGCAAGAAACGUCGCGCUGUACUUGACUCGGACGAGGAUGAAGACCUGCGCUCUGGAUCAGAAUCACCGCCGGUGCGCCUAACAAGCAAACCAUCCGUCUCUGGCUCCGCAGAGGCACCACCGCCAGCGCCAGCUCCCGGUCCAGGUAGCGGCGCGACAUCGAACGCAGGCGAAAACACGAGCAAUUUUGCAACCAAUUGGAGAAAUUCUCGGGCGGCGGCGGGAAAACGUGCGGGCAGUGCCGGCUGGUGGGAAACCUACGUCAAGGAGAAGCACGAGAUGGUUACGACCGCGAUAGCUCUGCUGGAGACAGAGGACCAGCAACGUGCGUACGCUGAGGCUGUCGAGAAGAUGGAACUGUUGCUCGUAGGCGAGUCGGCGUGGGACCCGGCGGGGAGCACGCAAUUGCCCAACACGCGCCGCCCCAAAUGCGUCGGGAAGAUGGUCAAGGCGCGCGGGGCCAUGGUAGGCCGUCAGGACAUGCCCACGACAUUCGCGCGCGACAUGCAGGCUUGGUGGAUCGCGCUGCAACCUCCGGAACGAGGUCCUGCGGACAGCAUCCGCGAGCUACGUCCUGCGACCGCGUCCAUGAACUGGACAGUCUUUGCCAGUGCCCGAGGCUACAAGGGCGCGUUUCUCGUCGUGUGGUGCCUGAUGCAUUGGGCUCGACACGACGAUAGUCGCGUUGGUUUCGUCGAGCUCGCGCGAGAUAUGGCCUCCGUCUUCGAAGUCCUCAGGGCCACACAGGAUCCGUACGCGAUAGGUGGAUCAGGCAGCCGUAGCGGCGAACGCGUCAAGCGAGCUGGACGGUCGAGUGCGACAAAGGCAUGA